GUUCUGUAGCUAGGCUAGCAAGCCACCUUAAUUACAUACAUAGACUUCGUACGUACAUGUAGUCUGCUAGAGAAAGAGACUAGACAUGCUCCCUGAAUGACCAAAAUGUUAAUCGCUAGAUCUACCCUGUUGAUGCUCUCAAUCUUCUGCGCGCAAACCUAUGCAGAAGCUGACCAAGGUGUAUCUAAAGUGGCCAUUACUAUCAAUCAGUACCUAAUCAGAGCCUCCAACAAACAAGCUACCCCUCAGGCUGCCCUCACCAUCGCCUCAACCAAACCCCUAACCUCACUGUCUGAGCCCACCAGUUAUACUUUCCCCAACCACCCUCUCUCUCCCGGAUGUGGACGCCAUAUUUCACGAUGUCGUGAGCUGCCUAUAUUAUUUGAAGAGCAAGAUUCGCUGGUUGGCAUUUUGACCCCUCUGAACAAUGCGAUCGGAUUCAUGUGCUUUGAAGACGUUGGAAAAGAGCUAGUACACCAGACAACACAUAUAAUGACAUUCCCACAUCACGACGAUUGUAUACCUAUAACCAUCGUGAGGCACAAGACGAAGCAUUACGUCGUGUGCAUUGAUUCUUCUAUGCGAGUAAUUUCAUGCUUGAUCAACCUCAACUUCGACAAUAUUACCCAGUCCUAUCUCCAAUGUGCUUCCCUCGGCAGUUUCCCCCCCUCAGUGGACUUCAGCGAAAUCUCAAACUUUGUUUACGUCGGUGGUGACCUGUUCAUAUUUGCUGUUCAAAAUAUUGUCUAUGAGUACUACCCGGAUAGAUUGUCCCUAGCGUCCGUGAGUGGGUGUACACUCCCUCACCUUGCUCACAAUGUUCGACUAGUUUACAAUGACAUAGACACAGUUCUAAUGUAUUACAACACUAACGAAGGAGCUGAUAUCGUUGUGGUUUUCAAUUUAGCAAACGAGUGUUGGGAUCGUUUUUUCACUGACGUAGAACUACAGUACUCCUGCUUCAACGGAUUCAACGUGUUUGUGUACCCAAGUGAUUCUGCUAUUUUGUACGAAAUGCAUGAGCCCACUGAAAAUGCUCUGCAAAUUGACAUUACUGGAACUAAUUUCACCACAGGCUUAUGUUUUGGAAACGCUUUUAUUUAUGUUGAUCGGCUUAAAGGAACUUUUCUGUUGAACAUCACCUCAGGGAAUAAUACACUUAUUUCCGAUAGUAUAUGUUUGAGAGGGUAUUGUUGGACCCCAGUUUUGUAUCAGGAGAUGUACCUCAUACUACAAGAGGGUGGAUAUUUAGUAGUGAGAAAUAUUGAGGACAAUUACAAGCCUGUGAUUAAUGUCUCUUAUAGCAACACUCAUCUGAUCGGGUUUCUCACUGGAAGGCCGUAUGAGGAGGAGAUUGAUGUCAAAGUGAUGGGUGUUAAUGACAAAGAAAACGUCAUGCUCAUCCUUGUUUGGAUUGUUAGUGGAAUAAUUAUAUUCAUUGUGCUGGUUACCUUAGCAGCUGGUUCUAUCUUAACCAUAUGGGGAGUCAAAUAUAGGGAUCUCAGAAGUACAAUUAGACAACGGACGCUAGUGAGGAGCAGAAACCAUUCUUCAAACCCACGUCGACCAGUUGCUCUAGUUACGCUGGUACAUGACUCACAACCUGCCCAGAAUGAUGUCACUAGACUCGCUACAGAAUCUCCAGUAACUCCACCCAUCCCUACCCCUGCAGCUCCACCCACUAUUUUAUCUGCCAAUCUUCCAGCAGUUUCACCCACCCCUACCCCUGCAGCUCCACCCACUAUUUUAUCUGCCAAUUUUCCAGCAGCUCCACCCGCUAUUUCAUCUGCCAAUCUUCCAGCAGCUAUUUCAUCUGCCACCCCCAGAGCCAUCCCUGCCCCUCCGGCUCCACUCACUAUUUCAUCAGCCAAUCUUCCAGCAGCUCUGCCCACUCUAUCAUCUGCCAGCCCUACACUCCCGCCUGAUGUCUCGCAAUCGCUACAGGAUUUGUACCCAGAGCGUGGUCCCCCACCUAACGACUCCCUACACUCUCACACACCAACUACCGACCCCCCACACCACCACACACCCACUACUGACUCGCACACGCUCUCAACAAGCUCUCUCUCCAUGACAACAUCACUAGGCAGAGAAACACCAGUUGGUGCCAGCACCGAGGAUGUUUCAAUUCUAUCUAUGAUGCAACCAAUCCAAGCCUCAGAAGACCACCACCCGGCCCUUUUGAGACAGGACUGUUCCAGUGUGCUCAGUGCUACACCCUCACAGUCUUCGCCCAUACUGAAUUCCUUACCAACGAGGGACCCUGACAUAAUUGAAGAGUCUUUAUCACAUUCUGUGUACAGUAACACCCUAGACUUUGAACAACCUAUUCAAGUCAACACUCAACACCUCUAAAUAAUAAUUGUUUUUGAUUUUAACGUAUGCAGCAAUACAUUUCUAUAGCUACUGUGCCAAAAAUUAUCUCAGAAACAAUAAUAAUACUUU